GGAAGAGACUAAGGGGAGCUUCUCUGUAGAUAUGCGCGUCUUCAUAAUGAAAACUACAAACCUGAUGUCUACAUAGACUUCUCCCUUAGUCCAAGGCUCAUAUUCAGUCUUUCACUUUGUUCCAGGACCCAACAACACAGCCAUGGGACAUAAAUCCUCCAAAUCAAAUGCAUCCAAAACUCCUCCACUUCUCAACGAACCAUGGAGGAAAAUAAACUGGGGAGACAAACAGAGCAAUCUACAGUAUGUGAAGAACUACAAACCUCAUGAUGGAGGCCAGCAGCUCAGGAUUCUUCUUCAUGGCCCAGCUGGAGCUGGAAAGUCCAGUUUCAUCAACUCUUUUCAAAGCCUGUUACAUGGCAGAAUGUACACACUGGCUUUGGCAGAUAACAUCUCUCACGACAGUUUCACCAGGAAGUACACAACCUACAAGAUCCAAAAAGAAAGUCCAGAGUCCUUUUACCCUUUUGUCUUCAGUGACAUCAUGGGCCUGCAAACAACCAAUGGUGUCCAAGUGGAAGACAUCAAACUGGCUUUGAAGGGACAUGUGAAGGACGGUUACAGGUUCAAACCUGAAUCACCGUUGUCAGAGGGAGAUCAAUUCUACAACAAAUAUCCCACUGCCAAUGACAAAGUGCACGUUCUGGUCUGUGUCAUUAAUGCCAACAUAGUGUCUGGAAUGACAUAUUUAACUAUAGAGAAGAUUCGGAACAUCAGGCUGGAAGCCAGCAACCUGGGAAUUCCUCAAGUGGCCAUCCUCACCAAAAUUGAUGAAGUCUGUCCUGAAAUCAAACAAGAUUUACAGAACGUCUACAAGAGCAAGUCUCUGAAGAAUAAGAUGGAGCAGUUCAGUGCAGAUGUGGGUUUUCCCAUGAACUGCAUCUUCCCUGUGAAGAACUACCAUGAAGAAAUCGACCUCAACAAUGACGUUGACUCGCUGCUCCUGAGCACGCUGACAAACAUCAUCAACUUCGGAGAAGACUGCAUCAACUUCAAAAAGAGUCAGUCUGAAUGUUGAGACAGAUGUACGGGUAUGCUCCUCAAUGUUCUCAGAUAACAGUGGUCCUGCAUACUCAGCAGCUAUAAUACCAGGUGUGUGCUUCAUGUAAAGUGCUGCCAGUGAAUAAUGUAGCCAGAAGUUCCUUUUUACUGGUUGUGUUCAGCUUCAUGUUGGGUCAGCAGGACAUUUUUAUGGAUCAGGGUAACAGAUUGAUAAUGUCAUUUGAAAUGGCAUUGUUACUUAAGCUGUUUUUGUUUUUUGAUGUGGAGUUUUUUUUUAUUUCUUUAAUUGUGGUGAUGUGCUUUUUGAUUUUAGUCUCAUGCUUCUUUGUGUUUUCUUUGUUUUCUAACUUCGUGGGGCCAUGUUGAAAACAAAUGUUUUCACUGUUUUCCUUUAGAAAACACUGUGUCUAAUCUAUAAAAUCAAUCAAUCAUUGUUUGAAUGCAGCAUAAAAAGGCUGUAUUUCAUUAUAAACAAUCAGGUUUUAUAACAAUCUUGUAUAUGAAUUCCUGAUUUUUUUUUUUUUAAUAUUUGUUUUAGUUUAAAAACCCUGAAAACGUGGCUUCAAAUGGUUAUAGUAUUUCACCCCAACAUGAAAUAUUUAUGACUAAAUUAGCAGCAAUUAAGGUUUUAAAAAACAAAACAAACAUCUUUGGUUAUUAUUUCUUAAGAAUUUAACACCAGUUCAAUUUCAAGACCUUUAUUUGUCCCCAAGGGGCGAUUAAUUUUGCUGCAGCAGCAAAGAAGUUGACACCCAGUACAUAACAACAAAGACGACGACAUCGAUUAAAAAUACAGGGUCAGACCAAUGGGUAAAUGAAUACCACAACAUUAAAAGUUUAAGUUCAAGUGAGCCUUAUGUGCGUUACCUAUUCUUUACAGAGUUAAGCAGAGAGAUAGCAUAGGGAAAGAAGGAGAAUUUAUAUCGCUUUGUUUUGGCCUGUGGUUGACUGAAGCGGGAACCAGAAGGCAGCAACUUAAAUUCUGCAUGCAGGGUGUGAGAACUAUCAGACAUGAUGGAUUCUGCCUUUUUAAGCACAUGUCUAUUUUACAGUUCAGUUAGCUCCCAAUGAUUUUGCUGCUAACUUUAUUUACCAUUGCUAAUGUGUUUUUCUGUUUUAAACUAAGAGAAGCAUACCAGCAAAUACAUGAUAGUAAAGUAGAUUUAAGAUAGUAAGUAAAGACGGACUGAAUAAAAGAUUUAUAAAACAAUGUCGUCAGGGAUCUGUCCACUUGAAACUUAGUUAGCUUUCUCAGACAGAAAAGACGUUGCUGACUUUUCUUACUCAGCAUAUCUGUGUUUAGUUCAAAGGUCAACUUGUUAUCACUGAUGAUUCCCAGAUACUUAUACGACUCAACAAUUUCAACCUCUUUUCCAUCUAUAAUCAUCUUUUCAGGAGUUGGAAAUCAUGUCUUUUGUCUUCGUAACAUUUAAGUCUAAAAAGGCUUCUUUGCACCAGUUUAAAAAAUAGUGUAGUACAGGGCCGUGAGAUGUUUCAGUGGAGUCCAUUAAACUUACAAUGACUGUGUCAUCUGCAAACUUUACAAUAUAGUUAUUGGUCAGUUCACUGCGGCAGUCGUUGGUGUACAUAAUGUAUAAAAGAGGAGAGAGAACACAGCCUUGAGGGGAGCUGGUUGAUGUCACUGAUAUUCCAGAAAGAUGUCCAUUUACUCUCACUCUCUGUGUCCUAUUAGUGAGAAAGUUCUAAAUCCAUCCCACCAGGUUGUAGUCCAACCCAAAGUUUUUUUCUAUGAGCUUCUGUACCAAUAAAUGGGGCUGGAUGGUGUUAAAGGCAGAUGAGAAAUCCACAAACAGCAGUCUGACAUGGUUUUUGUUACCCUCUAAAUGCUUGUAUAUGAGGUUGAGCAGAGUUAUGGUAGCGUCCUGCACCCCCCUGUUGGCUCUGUACGCAAACUGCAGGGGGUCGAGGAGGCGUUCAAUCCUACCAGCAGUUCUUUCUUUUUCAGUUUUUCAAAGGACUUCAUAACUAAUGAAGUUACAGGUCUGUAGUCAUUCAGAAUUUUUGGGUGGUUGCUUUUUGCGAUGGGAAUAAUUGUAGAUUGUUUCCAUAAGUUUGGGACUAUGUUGGCACAAAGACAGAUUAAAAAUAUAAUAAAAAAUGAAGCCUAAUUGAUCGGCACAAUGGG